AUGGGAACCACCGCCUGCUCUGUAUCGCGAAGACUGGAAGGAAAGGAGUGUCCUCAAUGGGGGCCAGAAGAUUGCCGGGCGGUGCUGGAGAAGAAUGUUCCCACGGAUUGUCUGAGGCCUGAGAAGGUGACCCAAGACAUCAGCAGCCAGCGCCUGCGGUUCCUUGCCAAGGUCAAGCUCUUCCAGCGCCUCCCGUUGGAACAGCACGGCGUCCUGGCAUCGGCCUGUCAAGUGGUUGACUUUGACGAUGAGGUGAUCAUCCGACAAGGCGAGGAAGGAGACGAGCUCUUUGUGAUCCAGGAAGGAGAGGCGGAGGUCCUUCUUGGUGACACGCCUGUGAAUCUUCGGCCCGGCGACUACUUCGGGGAAACCGCUUUGCUUCGAGAUGAGCCACGAGCGGCCACUGUCCGAGCCAAGGGGCCUCUCAAGGCGCUUUCCAUCUCUCGGCAGAAGUUUGUGGAGCUUGGUUUGAGGGAUAAGCUCGACUUCCCCCAGCGCAAAGCCGUGGGUGGUGGCAUGGGCAACCACGUCGAAGUUAAGGAACCGACGCCAAAGAGCGACAGUGAGAGACAGCUGAUGGCCAAUGCGCUGAAGAAAAACACAAACCUGCAGAGCCUGGUGGAUUUAGACCGCACUCGCAUCAAUGCCAUCAUAGACGUGGCAUGGAAGCAGGAAGUCCCGAAGGGAACCCGGCUCAUCACUGAGGGCGAUCUGAACGCAGACUACUUCUACAUAGUGCAGUCAGGCCUCUUCAGCAUCUCAAUCGCAGAUCAGCAGGAUGGCACUGCUUUGGGCUCGAUUGGCCCCGGCGGCAGCUUCGGAGAGUUGGCUUUGAUUUACUUCGCACCUCGCGCGGCCACAGUCGAGGCCACAGAGAAGGCUACCGUGUGGGUCAUCGAUCGAGGAAACUUCAAGAAGAUCUUGGCAAAGUCGGCAGAUGAGCUGGAAGGCGAGUACCUGAAGCUGCUCGACAAGGUCGAGCUGCUGUCUCCCCUGAAGAAAGAUGAGAAGGCAGCCCUCGCCCGAAGUAUGACGGAAGUUUCCUUCGUCAAGGGCGAGUUGAUUUUCAAGCAGGGCGCUGAAGGCGAUGCCUUUUACUUGCUUGUGGAUGGCACAGUGGAUGUCAUCAAGGACGGAAAGCCCAAAACUCGCUUGAAGGGCACACGGGAGAAGGCUGCCUACUUCGGGGAGAGGGCGCUGCUGCAGAAAGAGCCAAGAGCUGCAACUCUGAAGGUCUACUCUGUCAAGGCCAAAGCUUUAAUGUUGGACAAGCAGUCCUUCGAGAUGCUCUUGGGCCCACUGGAGGAGCUGCAAAGACGGCCUAAAGGUGGCAAGAGCAAACUCCAGGAACAACCUGGCAGCGCCCUUCUGCGGAAGAGCCGCUUCGGGAAGAUCAAGCGGAAGGACCUCAAAGUCCUGGGCUUGUUGGGCUGCGGUGGCUUCGGCGCGGUUGAGCUCGUGGAGCAUGAAAAAACGGGCAACACCUAUGCCCUAAAGGCUCUGAGCAAGGGCUUCGUGGUAAAGUCUGGCAUGCAGAAGAGUGUGAUGAGCGAGCGUGACGUGCAGCUGGCCUGCGACUCCUCGUUCAUCAUCAAGGUCUACGAGACCUUCAACAGUUCGGAGCAUUUGUACUUUCUGUUGGAGUGUGCACUGGGCGGCGAGCUCUACGCAACCUACAACAAGAAAGGUCUCACGGGCAAGGAGGGCCAUGCAAAGUUCUACGUGGCCGGAGUCGUUGUUGCCUUCGAGCACUUGCACAGCAAGAAGAUCGUGUUCCGAGAUCUGAAGCCAGAAAACCUGCUCCUCAACGACCACGGCCACCUGAAGCUGACCGACAUGGGUUUGGCCAAGGUGGUCAUUGGCAAGACCUUUACCACAUGUGGCACUCCAGAUUAUUUUGCGCCCGAGAUGAUUGCCUCUAAGGGGCACACCUUGGCCGUCGACUGGUGGACCUUGGGGGUUUUGGGCUACGAGCUCAUGUGCGGGAACCCGCCUUUCGAAGCUGAGCAAGUUAUGCAGACGUACCAGAAGAUCAAGAAGGGGAUCGCGCAGGUGGGCUUUCCACCACGGUGCCGAGGUCGCUGUGAAGACUUGAUCAAGAACCUUUGCCAGAAAGAUCCUUCUGAGAGGUUGCCGAUGAGGAGCGGUGGAACCGACAACAUCAAGAAGCACAUCUGGUAUGAGGACUUUGACUGGCAGAGCUUUGAGUCACUGAAAAUGGAGACGCCUUACAAGCCAGAGGUAAAGAGCAAAACGGACAUUGCAAACUUCUCGGCGCGCGAUGCGGAUCGGCCGCCACAGGUGAAGUACAAGGACGACGGAAGCGGAUGGGAUGCCAGUUUUGCCACGUCCGAGUGA